AUGCAUCGAGUAAAAUAUUUAUUUAACUUACCAGUACGUUUUCAUUCAAGUACAGCAUCUAAAUUUAAUCCAUGGCAUGACUAUCGUCCUUAUUUGGAUCAAGUGAAAACUUAUAUUACUCGUUUAAACCCAUACAUUGAAUUGGAGCUUCGAUCAGCUGCACUCAAUUGGGACUAUAUAUUAAACAAUGAAAAUUCUCAAGCCAUAUCAGAUAAUGUAAAACAACGAAAAGAAAAUGAUUUUGUUGAUAUUGAACAUAUUCUUGCUCUUCAUCGUGACAUACAGACCUUAUUUCAUCGAAUUGAAGAAAAAAAACUUGAUUCAAUUCAAGGCGAAGAUCAAAUUAAACUUAAAAUUCAAGAUUUAUAUAAUUAUGCAUUAAGAAUACCAAAUAAAACACAUCAUGAUGCCCCCAUUGGUAAUGAAGAACAAGCACGUGUAGUGCGUCUUGUGGGGGAAAAGCCAGACACGACUCGUCUUCGACAAGCCGUUGAUCAAAUUGGUCAAGAACUAAAUUUAAUUCAAUUAGAAAAUAUGGGGCAUGUUUCAUUUCGUGGAGCUUAUGCAUUAUUUGGUGAUUUCGCUCGUUUAGAACGAGCUUUAAUGUAUUAUGCUUUUGAAAAACUUACUCAGAAUGGUUUCAAAAUGGUUUCUGUUCCAGAUAUUAUUCAUCGAGGCAUUAUUGAAUCAUGUGGAUUUCCAACUAGAGGUAAACGAUCACAAAUUUAUCAAUUAGAUUAUGGUGAAGAAUUCGGUCGAUAUUGUCUUGCCGGCACAUCUGAAAUGCCUUUAGCUGGUUUGCUCAAGCAUAAUACAUUUCGAAAAGACGAGCUACCACUCAAAUUAGCGGCAUGUAGUCGUUGUUAUCGAGCUGAAUUGCCUGGGGGGAAAACUGAAGGAAGUUUAUAUCGUGUACAUGAAUUUACCAAAGUUGAAAUGUUUGCUGUUACAGUCGACGAUGAAGCAGUAUCACAAGAAAUGCACAAUGAAAUUGUUCGACUGGAAACAUUGAUGUUCGAAGAACUUGGAUUACAUUUCAGAAUACUUGAUAUGCCAACAGAAGAACUUGGUCUAUCGGCAUAUCGAAAAUAUGAUAUUGAAACUUGGAUGCCAGCCAAAGAAUUUUAUGGUGAAAUUAGUAGUGCAUCGAAUUGUACUGAUUUUCAAUCACGUCGUCUUCAUAUUAAAUAUAUCGAUGAUAAUGGUGAUGAACGAUUCGUUCACACUUUGAAUGGAACAGCUAUGGCUAUACCUCGAAUGCUUACCGCAAUUAUUGAAUCCAAUUGGGAUCCGGAAACGAAAAAAAUUGAAAUACCAGCUCCUCUACGACCUUUUAUGGGCAAUCGAGAAUACAUUUCAAAGAGUUCAACUACACCAAGUACUCAAUGGAUUAAAUUUCUUAGUUGA